AUGUCAGCUACUUCUUACGAUCAACAUGAAACGAAAACAGUUUAUUACACACCAGCAACAGCAUCGAAAUAUGUUAAUAAUAUUUUCAUGUCACCAUUAAAUAUUGAAUGGAUAUCGUCAUUAAUUUGUGAUUCGUUAGAACUUCAACCAGGUCAUAUAUUGGUAGAUAUGGGUUGCGGAGUAGAUCCAUCACAAGGUAUGCUCGAUGUAUUUCAGGAAGAAUCAGGUUCAAAUUCAAAUAUCAAAACAGUAUGCAUGGAUGCUGUUACAUUUGGCCAGUCAACUAACUAUUCACCAUACGAUCGUAUUUUCAUGAAAACCAUGAUUCAUUUGUUAACACGCGAAGAACGAUUGAUUGCCUUUAAAGGUUUUUACAAACACCUUGCACCUAAUAAUGGUAAACUAUUGAUAUGUCGCAAUCCAGAUAUGCUUGAAAUUCUUCCAUUUGACGAACGUACAAAAAGUUUUUUCGCAAAAGGAGAACAUCUUGAAACAUUGCUUGACGAUUUAAAACAUGCAGGUUUUAAGCAAAUUCAGGAGAAAAAAUUUACGUUUGAAUAUCCUUCUGGUAGUGUUACUGCUGAAGAUUGGAUUUAUCUAGUACAAAAUCGAUUAUGGACAGUGCUUUCGAAAGAAAAUGUAAAUGAACAACAAAUGGAAGAUUUAAUUGAUCAUGUCAGAAGAUAA